AUAUAUAUUUAGCUUUCUUCAGACACCGGCUGGAAAGUUUUUUGUUUGUCGCAGUUUUAUAUUUUUUUUUCAGCCUUGGAAAGAAAUCAUGAAAACUGUUUUGUCCGUGAUCGCUUUCUGCGUCUUCCUGGGGUUCAUAAACGCAAAAGAAUCUCCCCCCAAGGUGCAGGUGUACAGCCGUAACCCAGGGCAACAUGGGAAGGACAACACCCUGAUCUGUCACGUGAGUGGCUUCCACCCCCCUGACAUCAGCAUCCAGCUCCUGAAGAACGGCGUGGAGAUCCCCGACGCCAAGCAGACAGACCUGGCCUUCGAACAGGGAUGGCAGUUCCACCUCACCAAGAGUGUUGGAUUCACACCAGCCAGCGGAGAGGAGUACACCUGCAGAGUCCGUCACCUGAAGAAUCUGAAGACCUACACCUGGGGUGAGUUACUAGUGUAGUUAGAGGAGUACACCUGGGGUGAGUUACUAGUGUAGUUAGAGGAGUACACCUGCAGAGUCCGUCACCUGAAGAAUCUGAAGACCUACACCUGGGGUGAGUUACUAGUGUAGUUAGAGGAGUACACCUGGGGUGAGUUACUAGUAUAGUUAGAGGAGUACACCUGGGGUGAGUUACUAGUGUAGUUAGAGGAGUACACCUGGGGUGAGUUACUAGUGUAGUUAGAGGAGUACACCUGGGGAGAGUUACUAGUGUAGUUAGAGGAGUACACCUGGGGUGAGUUACUAGUGUAGUUAGAGGAGUACACCUGGGGUGAGUUACUAGUAUAGUUAGUAGUUAGAGGAGUACACCUGGGGUGAGUUACUAGUGUAGUUAGAGGAGUACACCUGCAGAGUCCGUCACCUGAAGAAUCUGAAGACCUACACCUGGGAAUCAGAUAUGUAAGGCUUCGGUGUUCAUCGCUGCAGGUGUGUAUGUCUGAUCAUUUCAUUCGUAGAGAAACAGUCUAUUUAGAUGGCAGCUCUUUAGCUUUGGUCACUAACAAUUGGUGGUUAUUGUAAUACUGUAGAGAACUGAAUAGGGCUGGACAAUAUGGUAGGGCUGGGAGAUAUUUAACAAUACAUUUAAUGAACAUGUUACAUUGUUGACAGCACAUUGUUUAAAGUUGUGCACUUUAAAUGUAACCUACAGCUCUGAGGACAAAGUCAUUGUUUUUUAUCUUCAAGCUAAUGUUUCUCUCAUGGACUAUCGGGGUUUUGCAUUUUACAUGAACAGGUGUUUUACUAUCAGAGCAUUUAGCCCUCUGGUCAGCCCUGACAAUGGUAUGCUGUCUUCCCUACUUCUAAUAACGGUGAGCCUACAGCACCAACGGAGGGUCUGUCAGAAUCAAUCAGUUCUAUGACUUCUUUCACUGUUACUGUUAGCCUAGGCUACUGUUAGCCCAAACACUGUUACUGUUAGCCUAGGCUACUGUUAGCCCAAACACUGUUACUGUUAGCCUAGGCUACUGCUAGCCCAAACACUGUUACUGUUAGACAAACACUGUUGCUGUUAGCCUAGGCUACUGCUAGCCCAAACACUGUUACUGUUAGACAAACACUGUUACUGUUAGCCGAGGAUACUGUUAGCCCAAACACUGUUACUGUUAGCCUAGGCUACUGUUAGCCAAACACUGUUGCUGUUAGCCGAGGCUACUGUUAGCCAAACACUGUUGCUGUUAGCCUAGGCUACUGUUAGCCAAACACUGUUGCUGUUAGCCUAGGCUACUGUUAGCCUAGGCUACUGUUAGACAAACACUGUUGCUGUUAGCCUAGGCUACUGUUAGACAAACACUGCUGCUGUUAGCCUAGGCUACUGUUAGCCAAACACUGUUGCUGUUAGCCUAGGCUACUGUUAGCCAAACACUGUUGCUGUUAGCUGAGGCUAUUGUUAGUGUUGGAUCCUGUAUUUUACAUUAUAGCCAUUACCAUAUAUAUGAUUGAAUAUUAUCUGCUGUUGGCUUGUGUGGAUGUAUGUAUGUGUUAUGCAACCUAGCUGACUUGAAACAUUGUUAACAGUUUCAGGGCCAUGGGACUUUCUCAUGAUGGAAAAAUACAGAGUAGCAUGAAGACAGGAACUGUUCAAUGAGUUGGGAGGGGGGCACAUUCAGAGCGGGGUGUUGCGAGAACAAGCGGUCUUUUGUUAGAUAACAGGAGCCAGGUGCGAGAUAACGGUAUGGAGCAUGAGAGCCUGGAUGUUCUUCACAAGCAACAUUUACAUCUAUCAACAGAAGCGCCAAGAGGCGGGGACCCGCCUGAGCGCCUGCAAUAGGCUGAGCAAGUUUAAACCACGCCCAGUCUCUACUGUGAUAGGCCAACAGACGGGUUGGAACUGUCUAUCACAGUAUAAAGAAUACUGUUUUACAUACGUCUUGUCAGUUCCCUGUUCUGCCCUGCGUGGUAUUACAGUGAGCCCGUAUAUACGAAAGUUGCAUUUGCCAUUUAUUACUUAGCUAAUAAAAAAUACAUAGUAUAAAA